GCCUGACGCUUUCCAGGUUCCAGGAAGUUUCGCCCCCGCGAAGGUCAAUAAAAAGCCAUAGUAUUGUUUGUGAUUAGGCUCAUUACUUAGCCUAUAUCCGCACCACAGUCGUCCAUCCGCAAAGAAUUUUGCUAAUAAUGGAGGAGAUCCCACCGGCCGAGUACUAUGUUUCCACCAGCUCGGAAACCUCAAUAUCAAUCAAUGGCCAGUCAGUUUUCAUCUCUGAUCAAACACAGGCAAAACCAGGACAACAGGAACAGGGAACAGUUGACAUCAUAAAGAUGAGUGAUCCGAUCGCCCAAGUAAUGAUAGAUCAGGAAAUGGGGAAGGUAAUGGUGGUCGUUGCGAUUGGCGCGAUAGGGUGGUUGGUGGUUCUCCCUGUAGAAAAACAUUUGCCGGUAAUUAGAGAUGUUUUGGUCUCGCUUGCCUGUUUUGGGUUCUCUUUUAUUUUGAUAGGGAUUCUGCUGCGCAAUUUAUACCCUAGGGCUGCAAAUAUCUUCGAGCAAAUCGGGGUUGCUUUCGUACUAGCUGCUUUCUUUGGAGCGAUUAGCUGGUCUUUGCCGGUUUACUCGAACUGGGUUCCCUUGGUUUGUUUGGGUUUAUGUAUUUUAGUCUUUCUUUGGAAUUUCUACUUGGCCACCUUUCUUCAAUCAGCAACCACAGUUCUCUGCGGACCGAAAUGAUCAUGUGUAUACAUACAUGCAUCUUCAUUACAAUUGAUUAUUCCGAUAUCUUGUCACUCUUUCUGUUCUAAAACUAAAUUUAUGUGUUUGUGGAACUAAAAUUAUAGCGUACAAAACACAUUGGUUCUUCAUUUUGAAGUACAUACAGAGAGCCAAGGAGACAGCGCCGCCUGAUUUCUUUGAGGACAUAUCUUUGCAUCCUCUGUUGCUGAUCGCUAUCAUCUCCUAACUUCUUGAGUUCAGCCUCGAUCUUGGCUAGUUUCUGAUCCUCCAAACGCUUUUUGGCAACAGGGGUAUUUCGAGGAGGAGGUAUAUCCUCUUUCUCGGGUGGAAGAUUGGUUUUACCCUGUUUCUUCGGAGGUGAUAUGCUUAUAUUUUACCUAUUUAUUAUAUCCCUAAUUUGUGAUUUUUGCAAUAUAUUUUGAGUACAAAUAUGCUAUUU